AUGGGGGAAGGGCCGGGCGGCCCGGGGAAGGGGCUCCCCGGGGAAAGCCAGCAGCGGAGGCAGGGGCGGGCAGCCGGCAGCCGCCCAGCGCAGAGGAGAGCGAUGCGCGCCCGGGCGACGGGACACGGGCAGGAGCCGCCCCCGCGCAGCCCCGCGGAGAACGCGAGCACCUACCGGGGCUGUGGGGCGCGGACGGGUCGCGCAGCGUCCCCUCGGCGGCCGCGCCGCGCAGGCUGCCCCGGCCCGAGCAGGAACCGAGCGGAGCCGCCGCCGCUGCGCAGCCGGAGGAAGGCGCGGAGGGCGCACCCGCCCCCUGCCGGUGGCGGACCGGGCCCGCUCCGCCCCGCACCCCGCCCACCCCUCCGCCCGCCCCUCCGCCCGCCCCGGGCCGCGGGAGCUGCGCGGGGAGCCCGGGAGCGCCGUGCACACAGCGUCGCGGAGACAGCGUCCCGCACACCGCGCCCCGCGCUCCGCACACCGCCCCCCGCACACCGCCCCCCGCACACCGCGCCCCGAGCUCCGCACACAGGCCCCUGCACACACAGCCCCCCGCACACCGCCCCCCCCACACCGCGCCCCGCACACAGGCCCCUGCACACACAGCCCCCCGCACACCGCGCCCCGCACACCGCGCCCCGAGCUCCGCACACCGCGCCCCGCGCCCCGCACACAGCCCCCCGCACACAGCGCGCCUGGCGGGCCCCACAGCCAGCCUGGGAGCGACAAGGACAGCGAGAUGUUUCUGCUUGUUUUCUUUAA